AUGGAUUGUAUAUCGAUCCGGGUAAUAUCUGUUAUGUUCCUGUUCUUGUUCUUCUCCACAGUGAAUGCAGAAAAAGAAGAAGUGAAGCAGGCCUUGGUUGAAUUCAUGGGGAAACUUUAUCCUGGGAACGUGCUAAGAGAUGCCAAUUGGGGCUGGAAUUCGACUUCAGAUCCUUGUACUGAUAAGUGGCAAGGUGUUACGUGUGACGGUGGAUUACAAUCUGUGAAGAAGAUUGUUCUUGAUCAGCUCAAUCUCACAGGUGUUCUUGAUGCUAGCUCUGUUUGCGAGGCGAGGUCUCUUGCUGUUCUGAGCCUGAACAACAAUAAAGUUGCUGGAAAUAUAGCAGAACAGAUAUCAAAUUGCAUCUCUCUGACCCAUUUGUAUCUAAGUGGAAACAGGCUCUCAGGCAAACUUCCAGGAUCUCUCUCCGGGUUGAAUAAUCUGAAAAGGAUUGAUAUAUCAAACAACCAGUUCUAUGAUGAGCUUGCAGAUAUGUCAAAGAUCUCAGGCUUGCUAACCUUCCUUGCUCAGAACAAUGAACUCAAUGGAACGAUACCAAAUUUUGAUUUCUCUAACCUUGUAGAGUUCAAUGUUUCCAAUAAUAAUUUCAGUGGUCCAAUUCCUGAUGUCAAGGGGCAUUUCAAUUCAAGCAGCUUUUUGGGUAAUCCUGGACUAUGUGGAAAGCCACUGUCUACUGUAUGCCCAUCAGCUCCUCCAGAUAAGAAGAAAGGCUCCUCAAACUAUAAGUAUUUUAUGUACUCUGGAUACGCAAUUCUAGUCCUGAUUUUUGUGCUUUUCUUUGCCUAUAAAGUGAGUAAGAGAAACAAGCCUAAUGAUGAAAGGACUAAUGCUGUGAAGAAGGGGGUGAAAUCGGAUAAUAGUAGCAACAAGAAUAGUGGUAUUUCCAGUGAUUUAAAGACAGAAGGUUACAGGUCAGAGUAUUCGAUAACCUCUGCUGAAGGUGGAACGGCGUCAUCACCACUCAUAGUUCUUUCAAGUCCUUUGGUAAAUGAGCUGAAAUUUGAGGAUCUACUUCGAUCCCCAGCUGAAAUAGUUGGAAGAGGAAAACAUGGGAGCCUCUAUAAGGUCAUGCUUGAUAGUGGGGUGACUCUAGUGGUGAAAAGGAUUAAGGAUUGGACGAUUCCGAGAGAUGAGUUGGAGACGAGGAUGCAGAGGUUAAACCAAGUGAAGCAUCCAAAUGUAAUGCCAGUUGUUGCCUAUUAUUGUUCCAAGCAAGAGAAGCUCUUGGUCUAUGAAUAUCAAGAGAAUGGCAGUCUCUUCAGGCUUCUCCAUGGAUCGCAAAAUGGCCAAUUAUUUGACUGGGGAAGCAGACUAAGCAUUGCAGCUAGCAUUGCUGAGGCCUUGUCUUUCAUGCACAAGGAGCUUUGCGAUGAUGGGAUUGUACAUGGUAACCUGAAAACCUCCAACAUUUUGCUGAAGAAAGAUAUGGAUGUAUGUAUAAGUGAAUACGGUCUCAAAGUAGUUGAAAAUCAAGAUCAAUCACUCCUUGCUCAAGCCAGCAGUAUUGAAAACAAUGACACAACCAGUGGCCAUGGUGAUGAUUCCACCUUUAAGGUCGAUAUUUAUGGAUUUGGCAUAAUUCUCCUUGAGCUUCUCACUGGGAAGUCUGUCCAGAGUAAUGGAUUUGAUUUAGCACAAUGGGUGCAAUCUGUGGUUAGAGAAGAGUGGACUGUUGAAGUUUUUGACAGAGCUCUCAUUUCGGAAGGUGCUAGUGAAGAGAGGAUGGUGAACUUGUUGCUGGUAGCAUUGAACUGCAUAAAUCGGUCACCUGAUGCUAGGCCUACAAUUGAUCAAGUUGCUGUAAUGAUAAACUCUAUAAAAGAAGAAGAAGAGAGAUCCAUAAGCUCUGACCAAUGA